UGUCAAAUCCAAAGCCAAAGUCCCAAACCAAUAAUAGUUUGACAUUUUGUUUAGCUUUCUCGUUAGCAAUUCGAUUUUCGGCGUUUUGUAUUCACUCAGCUGCAAAAAUAGAAAUAUUUAUCAAAAUGUACGCAAUUUUUAUUCUAAAAAAUAUAUUACAGUUUUACUUCGAUCUGUAGUGUCACACGUUCAAUAUGCCCCCAAUCAAUUCCAAAACGAAAAGAAGUGGCGCAGAAUACGAGAACAUAAUUGCUAAGAAAUGUACAGCAUUAGACUUUGAAGAUUACAUCCAGGAAAAUAAGACCUUACUAUUAAAUGAUCCACUCCGAGAUAUUCUUCUGUAUCCAACAGAUGAUGUGUCUAGUGUAGUCCUUCCAAGGCGCUGGAGAACAGUAACUACAGCAGUACCUGAUGUGAGAACUGCCGCUACCUGCCCUUUGCUCACUCGUCAAGCUCUGCUCAGCUAUGCUUCCAGUUGGAAUCUUAUACAUUACAAGUAUUCUAAUUACUCUGGUUCCUAUUUUAACUUGCCAAGGCCUAUAGACAAUAAAUUGCCGGAGGAAGUAUACGACAUUGAUGCCGAAAUCGAAAGCGAUCAUGAAGCUCAAGCCGCUAAAGUGGACAUCGGUACCAAGGAGGGGUACCUGCUCAAAGGACCCGAAAUCGGCUCAGAUAGAAUAUUCAGUAAUCUCGCUUCCAAAUCGUUUAAAAAACGAUACUGCUCAAUGGUUAGGGAAGCAGACGGCACAUAUAUUCUGGAAGUGUAUAAAGACGAGAAGAAAACGGACACCAAGCUCACCAUAGUCAUGGAUUUUUGUUCAGAUGUUGUUAAAAAUCCGAAACGUGGGCGUUUUUGUUUUGAAUUGCGAAUGGCCGGUGGGAAAGGAUACACAUUUUCAACUGAUAAUGAUGAAGAGAUGAACGAAUGGAUCAACGCUUUUAACGCAGCACUAAAGAAAAAACUAGAUAGUCAGGAAGGUCAUCAGAAUGAUGAAGUUUUAGAUAAAGACGCGGAUGUGUCCUUGACAGCUGAACCGCCACCUCCAACGUAUGGCACGCUCAAAGGAUUAGAGCAUAGCAUGAACCCGCUCCUGAUGCGGUACUCGCGAGAGACCGACCUAUCAAUAGCCGUGGCUCGCAACGAGUGCCGCGUCCAUAUAUUCAGUAUGCCGUAUAAACGGACACCCUCCCCUGAACCUCAGUUAGAACCAUUCAAAGAACACUUUGGCCAAAGAAUAUUGCUCAAAUGCGAAAGCUUAAAGUUUAGGUUACAAGCGCCGAUAGAUGGCGACAAAGAACUAUUGUGCCAAGUGGAGCCUUAUUUCACGCACCUUGCGCUGUACGACGCGCGAAGCGGCAAGAAACUCACAGAAAACUUUCAUUUCGACCUCAACCACGGCGCGGUCAAAGAUCUAGUCAAGGAGAACGAGUGUACAGACUCGUUAAUAGAGAACUUUAGCUACGACGUUAAAUUAGAUGUUACACAGAUUCCCGAAGAGUGGUACAGAUCGAAAAAACAGGUCGUGUUGUCGAUCAACAACCCUCAUCCAGAUUUAUUCCUAGUAGUGAAAAUCGACAAAAUACUCCAAGGCCACGUGAACCAAGUACUCGAACCCUACCUCAAAGCUACCAAGGACCCUCGCUUAGGUCUCAAAGUUCACAAAACUGUGCAAGCAUACGCCAACCGUGUCGGGAGUUACAGAAUGCCAUUUGCUUGGGCAGCCAAACCUUUAUUUAGGUUAUACAGUAAUGACUUGGACACAACUCCCGAAUUUCCCGCCAUUUACAGACAAGAACCAAAUAAAAUGUCUGAUGAUGAUCUCAUUAAAAUAUUAUCUGACUUUCGUAAACCGGAAAAGUUGUCCAAACUAACGACAAUACCUGGCUGGCUUAGUAUUAAUAUACAUCAGAGCAAUGAACAGAUAUCAAAUUGUAUGACGAGUGCCUACGCUGCGUUGAAACCUUUUCCUCUUCCACCUACAUCGCCGCUCACAUUAGAGCUUGCAACGCUAAACGUGGAACCGGAACAGCCAUAUGCUGCGUUCAUACACCACCUGUACGUGCGGCCUUUGGCUCUCAACUUCGAGUCGCAAAAAAUGUUCGCAAGGGCAAGGAACAUAGCAUGCUCAGUCGAACUUAGAGACAGUGAUACGGGAGAUAAUAAACCAUUACAGGUAGUGUACGGUCGUAUGGGCAUGACAACACAGUAUCGCUGUUCUGUACUCCACCAUAAUGCCAGCCCGAUUUGGAGUGAUGAAGCGAAAAUCCGUCUACCAGCGACGAUAACGCCGCAGCAUCACUUGCUAUUCACAUUUUAUCAUAUCUCUUGUGAUCUUACCAAAAAGAAUGAUGCCAAUGUAGAAACGUGUAUAGGAUAUGCUUGGGUUCCUUUAUUGAAGAAUGAUAAGCUAGUUGAGGAAAUAAUUAAUUUGCCUAUCGCUACUCAUUUGCCUUCUGGAUAUCUUUCCAUUCAACCGCUUGGACUUGGCAAAGGGAACACAGGCCCAGAAGUAGUGUGGGUGGAAGGAGAGAAGCAACUAUUCCGUUGUCAAUUAGUCCUAGAUUCGACCGUAGUGACCCGGGACAUGCAUCUACACAAUCUGUUCGCUCAGAUUGAGAGACUAAUACGAUGCAACUCGCCGGGUACCUCCCCAUCACCACCGCCAUGGAACGAUGUAUGUAAUGCAUUAAAAGCCGCGCACGCGAUCAGACUGAGCUCAUUGAUUGCGUUCCUGCCCACUAUAUUGAACCAGUUGUUUGAAUUGAUGACUUUUGAAAAAAAUUACACUCAAGACAUGGGCUAUCAAAUAGUGAAGUUAAUAGUGCAUUUCGUUCACAUGAUACACGAUUAUGGACGAAAGGAUUUACUCGAUAGCUACGUCAAGUAUGUCUUCAACUGCGUAGAGUUCAAACUUCACACAGUGUUAACUGCUCCACUUCACUUGUUUGUUGAUCCGAACCAACAGGAUUUCUUAUUGGGUCACAAAUUUAUGCAGUAUUCUGGAUUCUUCUUUGAUAUUAUUAUAAAAAGCAUGGCUCAAUACCUAAUCAACACUGGUAGAAUAAAGAUGUCAAGACAUGAAAGGUUUCAUUGUGAUCUUCUGGAUAAUAUUGAUAAGUUAGUCACCACGGUGGAACCAUCUUACAUUUUACAACAGCCAAUGCAAACCCAUAUAUUCAACAAGAACCUCGCUGUUUUUCUUAAGUCGUGUCUAUCGUUUAUGGAUCGAGGAUUUUUGUUCCGGCAAAUAAAGAAGUAUUUGGAUAAAUUUAAGGCAUGCGAUCCAAAGGCAUUAUUUGACUUCAAAUUUACUUUUCUCCAAACGAUAUGUUCUCAUGAACAUUUUGUCCCAUUCAACUUGCCUUUACAAGCAAACAAAUUGUCUAAGGAUUAUGAUGAAGAUCCCGCUAAAUUGAUGUUGACCGAAGACUUCAUUAUGAGGCACUUUCUCGCUGGAGUUUUACUAAAACAUGUGGAGCAGUCGCUGCGCGAGGCACCGCAGAAGCGGCGCGGCGCGCUGGGCGUGCUGCGCGCGCUGCUCACCAAGCACGAGCACGACGACCGCUACCGCACGCGGCAGGCGCGCGCGCGCCUCGCGCAGCUCUACGCGCCCUGGCUCACCGUCGUGCUCGACAACGCCCAUCGCCUAAUAACAAAAAAUCUCGCUAGUCCGGUAUUAGAAAAUGGGCAUGACAAACUGGACGGUGACGGAACGGCAUGUCUGGCUGUCACGGCGAAAGAAGUGACGUCAGCGAGCAGUACGCCGCGACGGAACCGGCUCACGUUGCACUUCGACCACACGCCCGCCCGGAACUCUGCGCAUUUUAAAGAACCACCGAAUAUAAAUAUGUAUGGCAAAGAUCAUACAAACAAUGUAUCUCAAAGCUCACUAGAGUCAGUCUCGACAAUGUCCGGUGGGGACUCGCUACCUAGGAAUAUAGGGCGGCUGGACUUGAGCGAAAUUGGUGAUCAAGUCAACAGAUUCGGUGUUAUGUCCGCUGAGGAGGUACGAGAUGUGCUUUUGUGUUUCCUGUUUGUGUUGAAAUACUUAGACGAGGAAAGACUCGUAGAAUGGUGGAAGACUCACACGCAAGCGCAACAACAGUCUUUCUUUAAUGUUUUAGAAAUAUGCGCAGAACAGUUUCAAUAUGUGGGUAGAAAGAAAAUCUUGGCGGAACUAAAAACUGUGACGCCUGAAGCUAGCGAAAAACCGAAACCUAUCAAAGCUCGCACGUUACCAGCUAGGAUGAGUCCACCCGACUUCUCCAAGGAACCACCCAUUAUGGUGGAGAAGAACAACACAGUUAAUAGAGAGAACUUGGUGACACCUACUGUUACAACAGAACUAGAAGCAAUAGCAGAACAUACUAUACUGUCUGCGGCUUGCCUAGCCACAGAAGUCGGUCUGAUCAUUAUUGACCGCACAUGUCUUUUCAUGAAGAAUUUGGGCGCAGCCGACGGUGUAGCCGCCAAGCCUUACCUUAAAUUGUUACAGUAUCCACAGAGCGAAACUCUGUACAAGCAUCUAUUUGCUGCACUCCGAGCCUAUAUAAAUCAGUUUUCUAAUACACUUUUUGAAGGCGGCAGUGCUGUGUGCGCGGGCGUUGUAAGCGCAGUAGUCCGGCUGUGCGCGGCCCGCGCGGCGCCGCUGCGGCGCGAGGCGGCCGCCGCGCUCUACCUGCUCAUGCGCGCCAACUUCCAGCAUGCCGCGCGCGCCGCCCUCACCAGGGUCCAUCUGCAGGUCAUUAUAGCUGUUUCGAAAUUAUUGGAUGACUCGACGGCGCUCAACUGCAAGCGUUUCCAAGAAUCUCUCUCUGUGAUCAACUGCUUCGCUACUGGCGACAAAGCUAUGAAAGGAACAGGUUUAUCAAGUGAAGUGGCAGAGUUGAUGCGACGUGUACGGACUGUGGUGGGCGCUCGAGCUCGCCUCGCAGGCGUCGGUGGCUCGGGUGGAUCUGGCGGAGUACACUUAGCUGAGCUGCAGCACGCGUUGGCGGCGUCCUGUCGCGCGACGCCGCGGCUGCGACAUGCGUGGCUCGCGACCCUCGCCGACCAUAAUGCGAGGCAGGGAGAUCACGACGAGGCCAUGUGUUGCCAACUACACAUAGCGGCACUGAUAGCAGAAUAUUUAAAAUUACGGGGCACCCAGUCAUGGGGUGCAGACGAAUUCGCCGAGUUAUCUAAAAACAUACCGCCAGACGAAGCUGGGCUCAAAAUCGACGAGGGUAUGGUAGAUGUUCACUACAAUGAACAAGCCCUUCUAGAUCAGCUUAUGGUCUGCACAGAGUAUGUAGACAAAGCAGAGAGAUACGAACUUCUUGGUCCCCUCUAUCGGCUCAUCAUCCCCAUCUAUGAACGAAGAAAGGACUACCAAGCAUUAUUAGCGUGCUAUCAACACCUCACUAAAGCUUAUGCCAAAGUUAUCGAAGUCACACAUUCUGGGAAGCGUCUCCUUGGUAGAUUCUAUCGAGUCGCAUUUUUUGGGAAAGCCCAUUUCGGAGAAGACGAAGAAGGCAUUGAAUUCAUCUAUAAGGAACCCAAACUGACAUCACUAAGCGAAAUAUCGGAGAAACUGCAAACCUUCUAUGAACAGAAGUUCGGAGUGGGAUUCGUUAAGAUGAUUAUGGAUUCAGCGCCGGUCAACCGUGAUGAACUGGAUAGCAAAUUGGCCUAUAUCCAAGUAACCUGGGUGCGAGCAGCACCGGAGGGCGUAGCAGUCACGAGUUCAAGCGGCGAGGGAUCAUUUGAACGUGUCCACAAUGUCCGUAGAUUCGUAUUCGAAACGCCAUUCACGAGCGACGGAGCCGCACGAGGGCCUGUUCACCAUCAGAGAUUGAGACUUACGCACCUGACUGCUGAGAAUUGGUUCCCAUAUGUUAAACGCCGGGUGCCUGUAGUCGACACGCAAGUUGAAGAAAAAAGCCCGAUAGAGGUCGCCGUGGCGGAGAUGGAGAGCCAGGUUGUCGAACUAGCGGAAAUCGUCAACGCAAAAUCAACUGAUUUAAAGAAACUGCAAUUAAGGUUACAAGGCAGCAUAUGCGUACAAGUGAACGCUGGUCCUCUCGCGUACGCUAACGCAUUUUUGGACCCGACGUUGGCACCGAUGUAUCCUGACGAACUGGUCGAUAAAUUAAAAGCUACAUUCAAAGAAUUCCUAACAAUAUGUCACUCGGCGCUCCAACUGAAUGCGAAACUCAUCAGUUCCGACCAAGUUACAUACCACGAGGCGCUCGAGACGAACUACUACAAACUGAGCGAUUCACUGUCCAGCGUAUUGGGACAACCUCUACAGGACAUAUUACUCAAUGGAAAUCUUAGCACCACGGUCACUGGGGUCGAACUGGAAUCUAGUAACGCGUAAUGCCCUUAUUCAUAAAAACGACUUAUAUUUAAUAAACCUAUUUCACCAUUAGUGUUUUGUUUCUUUCUUUUACGCAAUUUUUUCGAUAUGAAAGAAAGCGACAAAACACUCUAAUAAAAUGUAGGUUUGUAGAAAAUUUUAAUUGUUAUGAAUAAGAGGGUAAGACUAUACUGAUAUAUAUUAGCACAAAUUCGAUCUGAACAUUUUUAGAAUCUAUAUUUUUACGAGAAUCAAAAGAAAAAAAAUAAUUUAUUUUAUUAGAAGUAUUAGUCUAUUUCCGUUCAAAACCACUAACUAGUACACACACCAGUUUCUUGGAUACGUAAUUUGAACUGAUAUGUAGGUACUUAAUUUAAUACAUUAAAAAUGUUUAGUCAAUUACCAAUUCCAUCCUACCAGGUGUUAAUUUUUUUCAUGUUAUACUUCCUGAUUAUUGAUAUUUACGGUCUUAUUAUAAAAAAAAAUCUUGUUAAAUUUAAACUUGUGAUAGACAGGUGUUAAAUAAAUAUUUAGAAUUCUUGCAAUAAAAAGCAUAUAACAUUUGUUUUAGUCUAAAUGAAAGUCUGUCUUGUUAAAAAUAAAUGAUAUUAAAAAUAAUAAAUUUUAUUAUACUAAUCUAAUUGGCACAUGACAUUUAAUAGAUUUGGCUCAUAAUACUGCCAAUAAACGUUAGUCAAUGUGAUGACUAAACAAUGAGACAAAAGACUUUGUAAAACACUGUUUUUUUUUUUUUAUAGUAAGACCGCAAAUGUUUUGCUUGUUCUUGCAACUAUCAUGAUUUACUAUAAAGGCACAAAUUAAAUUAAGGUAAGAUUUUAUAACUCCCUGUAGAGAGACCUAAGAUUUUUAUAAGUCAUUAGUGAUCAAACUUUUUCUACAAUUGCCAUGCUUCUUAUAAUGUAGUUUCGUAAGAUGUUUGUCCCAAUAUCUAAUAAUAAUAGAAAUACUAUAUUUAUAUACCUACUUUCAUUUUUUCUGUCUUUCACACACUAUCUCAUUGUAGCUAUCUUUGGAAAUUCAUUUUUUAAUUUUAUUUAAAAAAACAAUUUUUUUUUUAAUAAUUUGCAAACGUAAUUUUGCAAAGAAGAAAUAUUUUACGAGGUUUGUCCGGAAAGUACGUAUAAAAGUUUUUAAAAAUUUUAUUUUACAAUUAUUCAGGUAAAUCAAUUUUAUCCCCUUCAAAGUACUCCCCCUGUGACAUAAUGCACUUGUGCCAACGCCGUUUCCACUGUGAGAAGGCUCCUUGAAAGUCCUCUGGUUGUAGGUUUCUCAGCUGCCCCGUCGUAGCU